AGCAGAUGGCCUCCACCUCUGCGGCAGAAGCGGUUGCUAGAAUUGCAUACAUUUGCUCAGAUGUUGUCGUCAGCUCUCAGAUAGCAGACGGAUCCUCUCCCUUCUCGAGCGAGUAUAAGAAUCUUGCAAGAAAGGUCCUCCGACGACCGCAACUCGUCUCUGUACCAGAUGCCACAGACUCCGGAUCGUAUAUUCGGCUCCACAAGUCUGCUGGGUUAUUGUCCUUUACUGCACCUUCGAGUUCCCGCAUACUUUCGCAAUUCCUUCCCCACUUGUCAGAACUCUCGACUUCUCCUGUCGUGCUGCACAUCGCCGUGAGCAGCGAUCUUUCCAAUGUAUUAUACCUCCGAUCAGCGGUCCCUUAUUUCAUACAUUCAUCUACCGUCAUUCAAGCCCAUGAUAAUGCUCUGGUAGCCUCGAAACUCGCACUAACUGAAGGCAAGAUCGUUCUUCACGCGUUUCAAUUAGAGGCCGAGGAGGCCGAGUUGGAGGAACUGUCAGAGGAGCAAAUUCAUUCGUAUCUAGCCGAUACUCGACAAGUAUCAGCUGUCAAUGGUAAUGGGAAACAUGUCAUUGGCAAUGGUUAUUCUAAUGGCAGCGCAAACGGGCAGCCUAACGGGAGUGCAAGUGGAUACGCGAAUGGGUACGCGAAUGGGCAGGCGAAUGGACACGCAAACGGUCGUUCAAACGGUUAUGCGAAUGGAUAUGCAAAUGGUGUCAAUACUCCGGAUGGAUCCUCUAGUGGAUAUAGCACGCCCGACUCUCCCGCUGUUACUCCGCAAGAUGCGGAUGACCAAGCACUUGUGUCCUUAUACAAGGCUUACGAAGCUGCUUCCCUCUCCGCUGUUGCCCUUGUGCGCCGGGCAAUUCAUCCUUUGAUUAAGCACGGCCCGGCAGAACCUCACACGGUGAUCUUCGUUCUCGGACAGGCACCAACUUUCGACCUGGACGGUGUAUCAUGGGUAGAGGUAUCUCUCUUGAGCCCGCUACUUCCUUCAAGGAUCCUUCGUUCCAUACCCUCCUCUGUUAGACGGGUCGUCGUAUUAGAACAGCUAUACACUUGGAAUGUCAAAUGGACUCCUCUCUAUCUGGAGGUGAUGGCAACAAUUCAGCACCUCGAUGAACCGUCUCGUCCGGAUGUGCAGUCUGGAUUUUUGGGACAUGUAUCGACGAUACAACAAACAGACGUACUCAAACUUCUGCAGAACAGUGGUGCUGAGCGCCUACGACUCGGGAAGCCUCUACGGCUAGAAGCUGCUACAAGGACAGUGGAAACUUUACCUCAUGUACCAAAGCAUGAGGCUUCCUACACGAAGAUCCUUGAACAUCUAUUCAGUGAAAGGCUUGCGGUAGCAAAUGCACCCGACCACGUAGCGACUCAUGGACCCCUUGCGACUACUCCGGAAUUUGCUCUUGGUCGCGUACAAAGGCAGCUCGGAGAGCGCCAGAAACUCGUACAAGCUGUCGAGACAGUCCUCGCUUCAUCAACUAUCUCGUCUGAAUUACACGCGCUCCUUAGCAAAUGGUUACUUGCAAAGGACGAUCCUCAGAAGAGCCGUACUUUAGGCGAACGAAUUGUUGCUGAACUCGAAGCAGUCACUUCUCUCCAUGACAGCAUUCCGACGAUCCUGUCCUUGAGAUCUCACUUCCCGUCCGUUUCCCGUUGGAUUGUUGGAUCAGACGCAUGGUCGUACGAUCUUGGCGCUUCUGGUUUGCAUCACCUAAUUGCGUCCGGUCUGAACGUUAAUACUCUGAUUCUCGACACCGUACCUUACUCGUACCGCGAUACCAGUGACCCUCUUCGUCGCAAACGAGAUGUCGGAUUAUACGCGAUGCACCAUUCAGACGUCUAUGUCGCAAGCGUCGCUGUUUACUCGUCGUACACCCAAGUCCUCCAGGCGUUCGCAGAAGCGGACCGUUUCCCAGGGCCUUCCGUCAUACUCGCAUACCUACCCUAUCAGAAUGAGGAUACUCCUGCCCUCGAAGUAUUGAAGGAGACGAAAUUGGCUGUUGACACCGGGUACUGGCCACUGUACCGCUGGGAUCCUGCGAAAGAGCGUGAAGGAAAAGAACCCUUCUCACUUGACUCGGACGCCAUUAAAACGGAACUACGUGAAUUCCUCGAUCGACAGAACCAUCUCAGCCAGCUUACACGUUCGAAGCCGGAAUUGGCAGCAGAGCUUGUGGGUAGUCUCGGCGAGAGCAUUAAGAGUGCGCGCCAGAAACGUGCGCAACAGGCUUACGCAGAUUUAUUAAACAAUAUCUCUGGUGCACCACUACUCGUGCUUUAUGCAUCGGACGGCGGAAGCGCAGAGAAGAAGGCGAAGCGACUAGCGAACCGCGGAAGAGCGCGUGGACUUGCAACGACUGUCGCGACGUUGGACUCCAUUUCACUUGAAGAACUGGCCAAAGAGGAGUACGUCGCUGUUAUUACUUCCGUUGCUGGACAAGGAGAACCUCCUCAGAAUGGCCGUACAUUCUUCAAGGCGGUCAAUGCGGCUGUUGCACGCAAGGAAUCUCCGCUGUCAUCUGUUAAAUACUCUGUCUUCGGUAUGGGUGACUCGCACUAUUGGCCGCGUCCAGAGGACGCACAAUACUAUAACAAACCCGGAAAGGACCUUGAUGCACGACUAGCUGCUCUUGGUGCAACUCGCUUUGCUGAUUUAGGCCUUGGAGAUGAUCAGGAUGCCGAUGGCCCAGAGACUGGUUAUAAGCUUUGGGAGCCACUCGUUUGGAAGGCACUUGGCGUCGAUAACAUUGAGGUGACAGAGGCAGAACCAGACCCAAUCACGAAUGAACAUAUGAAGAUUGCAUCGAAUUAUCUGCGUGGUACAAUCGUCGAAGGUCUUGAAGACACUACGACAGGCGCCCUUGCAGCGAGUGACACGCAACUGACGAAGUUCCACGGAAUAUACCAACAAGACGAUCGUGAUAUCCGGGACGAGCGUCAAGCUCAGGGUGCCGAGCCUGCUUAUGCAUUCAUGAUACGUGUGCGACUUCCUGGAGGAGUGUGCACAGCUGAACAAUGGCUCCAGAUGGAUCAGAUUGCAGACGAACAUGGAAAUGGGACAUUCAAGAUCACGACAAGGCAGACUUUCCAGUUCCAUGGUGUGAUCAAGAGGCAUCUCAAGCAGACGAUUCGAGAUAUCAACAGAGUGCUCCUGGAUACACUCGCAGCAUGUGGAGACGUUAACAGGAACGUCAUCACCUCCGCUAUACCCACGAAAUCGCAACUGCAUGCCGAAGUCUAUGACUUUGCGAGGAGAUUGAGUGAAAGACUCCUUCCUCGAACUACUGCCUAUCAUGAAAUUUGGCUUGAUAAGAAGCUCGUAGCUGGUGGAGCUGUUCGUGACUUUGAACCUCUAUAUGGUGAAUACUAUUUGCCGCGAAAGUUCAAGGUCGCGGUGGCCGUGCCUCCUACAAACGAUGUAGACGUGUUUGCCAAUGACGUUGGAUUCAUCGCUAUUGUUGGCAAGGACGGAAGACUUGAAGGAUUUAAUGUCACCGCUGGCGGUGGUAUGGGUGUCACUCACGGAAGCAAGAAGACAUACCCGCGGCUGGGUAGUAUUCUCGGAUUCUGCACGCCAGAGCAAGGUCUUGACGUUGCGGAGAAGAUUAUGCUUGUUCAAAGAGAUAACGGAAACCGCGCAGAUCGCAAGAACGCUCGAUUAAAAUACACAAUCGAUCGUAUGGGUCUGGACGUAUUCAAGGGUGAGGUCGAGAAACUCCUUGGCUGGUCACUUGAACCCGCACGACCGUACACCUUUGACCGAAACAUCGAUGACUUCGGCUGGUCAACCGGACAGAACGGAAAGCACAACUACAUGAUGUUCAUUGAGAACGGACGUGUGCAGAACGAACCUGGGAGUGAAUUUAAGAAGGGACUUCGUGAGAUCGCGAAGAUACACAAGGGCACGUUCCGUCUGACUACGAAUCAGCAUCUUAUGCUCGCGGAUAUACCAACUGAAGAGCUGCCGCGGAUAAAGGCUUUACUGGCGGAGUACAAGCUUGAUAAUCUAGAUCAUUCUGCGCUGCGAUUGUCUUCUUCCGCUUGCGUUGCGUUCCCGACAUGUGGUCUCGCAAUGGCAGAAUCGGAGAGGUAUCUUCCCAUUCUAAUCAGCAAGGUGGAAGCUUUUUGCGAGGAGAAUGGUCUCCGGAACGACUCGAUCGUCAUGCGAAUGACUGGGUGUCCUAACGGUUGCGCUCGACCCUACGUUGCGGAAGUUGCAUUCGUCGGAAAGGCACCUGGGUCAUACCUAAUGUUGCUUGGCGGUGGGUACUACGGGCAGCGUCUCAACAAAAUAUACCGCGAGUCGGUUACGGAACCGGAAAUACUCGCAAUACUUAGACCAAUGAUUAAGCAUUAUGCACUUGAACGACUGGAAGGAGAGCACUUUGGGGAUUUCGUGCUUCGUGCUGGCUAUAUUUCAGAAACUACUUCUGGGAAGGAGUGGUAUGAUGGUAUGGGUGGACUUGGACCUCAUCGGGAGAUCAGUGCGGCUGCAUAGUUUGCGAGGGUAUAAUAGAUGUCUUAUGGGAUCUGGAACGUUAGCAUUUAUUUUGUACAAACCACAAUGAAAA